GAAAAAGUUGACCCGGCCCUGCCGGGUCGGGCCCGGGUCCGGGUCCAACGGUCAAAUUUAAAAAAAAAAUAUUUUCCUGCUUUUAUGAAACAAUAUGAUAAGUAUAUUAUAAAUUCGGCUGAGAUUGACACCUGUGAAAAAAUUUGUAAUGCUUUGAUAUAUUUUAAUAAUGCAACUGAAACUUUUAGUCAUGUUUAUAAACUUACCUCCAACCAAUUUAUUCGUGAAGUUGUUAAUCUCGUCGGUGCUUUUUCAAAUUUUGAGAAUGCUGAUUAUGUGAGUUAUUUUGCUAGUUUUAUGAAGGAAAAGUUAUUAAAAUAUUAUUCACAUAUUCCACAUAUUUAUGGUAUUGCAUUUGUUCUCGAUCUUCGUUUUAGACUUGGUUCUUUAGAAGAAUGUUUGAAUUAUUAUUACGCUGCUUUUUUUGGUCCAUUGCCAAUGUAUGAGGACAACCCAAUUGAUCUGAAAAAAGAAUACAACGAGAUUAGUGAUAUAUUUUAUACAUUAUUCAAUGAGUUUCAUGCACAAUAUGACAAUGCGCCCCCUCCCCCGACACAAACAUCAUCUAAAGAAAAAUCAAUUUUCAAAUCUACAUUUGCCAAUCUUAUUAAAAAAAUGAAAUUAACUCCCGCUAAGCAACAAAGCACAAUUAAUGAGAUUUCUUUGUAUUUAACAUAUAUAUGAGAUUUCAUCUCCAUCUAUUGUAGGAUUAUUAUAUCUACCAUUUUUAACUUUUUAAGAUGGAAAGUCAAUAUGUCGUUAUACGGUAUAAUUUUGAUAAGCAGAAGGACCCGAAGACCGGGAUGUGGUACGCAACUUGCAAAUGGUGCGGGAAAAAAAUGUAGCAUGGGGGUUUCAGGCGGAUACGGGAUGACAAUGAAGCAUAUUAAGUCAUGUGACAAAGCCAAAGGAUCGGGAGGUGCGGGAAGUUCCGAUUGAUUACAAUUUACAAAAUGUUUGUCUCUUGAAGUUUGUUUUAAUUUUCAAAUGUAGUUCCUAUUUCAUUUCAAAUAAAUGCACUUGAAGUUUGUUUUUAAUACUUAUAUAAAACUAUAAAGUAUAAAAUAUAAAUUAUAUAAAAAAAAAUUCUUUAACCGGCCCGACCUGGUCUGGCGGGUGGUUCGACCGGUGACCCAGGCGGGUGGCCUGGCCCGAACCGGACCCGUCCAACCCUCAGACUGGGCCCGGUCCGAGUCCAUGAUUACGUACUAUUAUAAGUCGAGCAAAUUAAAUUGUGGGAAACUACAAAAUGAAAGGUUUGUUUUAUGGGAGAUUUCCCAAAAUAGGUUUGAAAUUCCAAAAUAAGACUACUUUGUUUUUAUUUCCGAAAUGAGACUAACAUGGUAGUAUUUACUGUUAUCUUGUAGCCGUGACGGCCAAAUA